CAGUCGAUCUCUUCAACGAUCUUUGAUUUUUUCACGUGCGAAUCGCGUUUGUGGCAAUUUUUGAACAACGGUUUUCAAAAAUCAGGAAAAGUUGUGCGAAUUUACGAUAAUAUCCGAAGCUAUGUCUCUUAUACCGGUUCCAGUUUGUUUUGGCUGUAAAAAGUCGGCCUCUUUAUCGGUUUCCUGCUCGGACUGUUUGCGGAUUUUUUGCGGAAAAUGCUUUGGCUUUCAGCCGAAUCCCGAUGCCUCCUCUUCCGAAGAUAGCGUCAAAAAAUUUGUGAGCGUUGUGUCGCUACUGUCAAUUCGAAUCUGCUCCAGUUGCACCAAAUCUGAUGACAUCGUGGAGUGUUGCUCCGAUGAUAUCCCGGAAGUUAUCAGCGUUGAUGACGUUCAAGAAAGUUCUGAGCCCGGUGAUCAAAAUAGCGUCGUUAGUUCCAACGAAGCGCUUCCGGAUGUCAAACCAAGUAAGUCGCAAUUAAUGGUAAAUCCGGCAGCCAUGAAGGUGAAGCAAGAGCGCUGCUGGUCGCACAAUAAGGAAAUGAACUUGUACUGCUUAAACUGCAAUGUAAUAAUCUGUGGGGACUGUUUUCUGACCGGUGCGGAUCACAUGCGCCACCAAAUCGAUUUCCUCGAGACGGUGUUCCGUGAGAAGCGCCUGGAAACGCAGCAAAAGCUGGUCCACCUGGAGGAAACAGUGGGCGUCCUACAGCGGGAGGCUUUGCAGUGCGAGACGAAUCUGGCCUUGAUACAGUCCGCAGAGAAGGCCGUUCUGGCCGAAAUCGAUGCCAUUUGCGAGGAGGCAAAGAUGAGCGUCUCCCGUUUGACCACCAAUCGGAAGAGGAAACUGGAGGCUCGGGCAGGGUUUCCUGCCAAGAAGAAAAAACUAACAACAGCUCUUCAGGCAAUGGUCGAUAAAAUGGGUCCAGCGGAGUUCUUCCAACACCAACCGGCAGUCUACAAGCAGUGCGCUGAGCUGAUGUCCGAAUGUUCACCGAAAGGGUUCAAUGUGCUAAAAUUCGAAGAUGUUGGAUGCGAGUUGGUGCCGUCAUACCAGAUGGAGAAGUUCACGAUAUCUAAUUUUGACGGGACAUUUGCUGGAUGGCCAUUACACAUGAACUCGUCAUGUGAUACAAUGUGGAACAUUUUUAUUCGUAAAAAUGAAUCCCUCUUCGUGAAGGUCACACCGGACGAAAAAGACGUGGCAGAACAUCCGUAUAAAAUGUUAGUGGAAAUUCCCCACCCGAAAGACAUCCGCAAAACUGUUACUAAGACAUUUACCGUUCAUGGUCCGCCCAAGGAGGAAGAGAUCGUCACGAUUGAUCAGUUAAAGGUGGAGAAUUUCAUCUGCAAUAACAAUGAAAUUGCGAUCAAGAUUGGACUGCGACCUCUGAAUGCUAUCACCGAGAAUCGGUUUCUCAAGAAUCGUUACAAAAAGGUCAGAGACACCGUUGCCAAUCUGGAAAAACAGGUGACUGUUACCGGAAAAGAUAUUCAUUGCAAAUACUGCAUCAUGUACUUCAACAUGUGCGUCUCGAAGGUACCGAAGAAAACGCCCGAUCCCACCCAUUCCCCCGAUCUGGUGGACCAAAUGGAGCGCCAGUGGUGUCUUCGGGUGUACCCUUUUGCGCUCACCCUGCAGGACAAUAAUCUGAAGGUGUUUGUGGUGAUGCGAAAGGGAACACGCACCAAGUGUCGCUACUUCAUCGAACUGCUGCACACCGAUCCCAAGAAGAACGUGAUCCAGUGCACGGAGAGUACGUUCGAUACCAUCGAUGCCGGGUAUGGUUGGCACAGCUUCAUGGAACGUAAGCGCCUGUUAGCCGAUCCAGGCUACUACUCGAACUCUGUCUUACGGUUCCGUUUUGGGGUGCAACCGCUCGAGACUUAGAUGGGGCAAGAGGUAGGUGGAGAGCUCGGAUUAGUUUGUUUUUAAAUACUCCUUAUUGAUUUAUGUUUAAUUGAGAUGAAUUCGUUUAGUAUGUGAAUAUGAGUCAUAUACUUGUUGCUGCAUACGAAGAGAUCACGUUAAUAGAUGUUUCUGAGAAAUAGAUUACUUACUGUUGAAA